ACCGACGACGACGACGACGCCGCCGACGCCUGCAUUGCGUGCGCGCUCCAACCGAGUUGGAACGACGUCGACCGCCGCCGUCGAUAUCACCGCAACCGCACACGACCAAGCCGCCGCCGCCACCAGUGCAUUGUCGUCCGCACUCCGCCACACCAGUAUUUUACCGUCCGCCGCGCACUGCAGACGGUGCAGUCGUAAAAUGCCAUUGCGCCUGUUCAGUCGGCGUCGUCACGAGUCCUACCGGAAUAUCAACGGCACCGGCACGUCGUAGUGCCAGCUAGCGGUAAAAUGGCGACGCCGUCGUCGACGACCACUACAACGGCGACCAACGCCACCAGCAACAACGCCGACAACGCGCCUUUGGCAGCCGCCGCCGCCGCUGCGGCUUCUAACGUGUGGCCAAACACCCGAGACAGUUACGAACUUCGCGAAGUUAUCGGUGUUGGUGCAACAGCUACUGUUCAUUGUGCUUUUUGUAAGCCUCGUCAAGAAAAAUGUGCCAUAAAGAAAAUAAAUUUAGAAAAAUGGAACACCAGCAUGGAUGAAUUAACAAAAGAAAUACAAGCCAUGUCAUGGUGCCAGCACGAAAAUGUUGUAACAUAUCAUACUAGUUUUGUAGUUGGUGAUGAAUUAUGGUUAGUAUUACGUUUGCUAGAAGGGGGGUCAUUACUCGACAUACUAAAACACAAAAUGCGCACAAGUGAUUGUCGUCAUGGUGUUCUUGAUGAAGCUACCAUUGCAACUGUUUUAAGAGAAGUUUUGAAGGGCUUGGAAUAUUUUCAUUCUAAUAGUCAAAUUCAUAGAGAUAUAAAGGCUGGCAACAUUCUUCUGGGUGAAGAUGGAACAGUUCAAAUAGCUGAUUUUGGAGUAAGUGCAUGGUUAACGACUGGUUAUGAUACUAAUCGUCAGAAGGUUCGACAUACAUUUGUUGGCACACCUUGCUGGAUGGCUCCGGAAGUCAUGGAACAGGUACACACGGAUCACGGAUAUGACUUCAAAGCAGACAUAUGGUCAUUGGGAAUUACAGCCAUUGAGUUAGCUACUGGAACAGCACCAUAUCACAAGUAUCCACCAAUGAAGGUUCUUAUGUUGACUCUUCAGAAUGAUCCUCCUACAUUAGAUACUGGUGCUGAUCAAAAAGACCAAUACAAAGCUUAUGGUAAAACUUUCAGAAAAUUAAUUACUGAUUGUUUGCAGAAAGAUCCUACUAAAAGGCCUACAGCUACUGAACUUCUAAAACAUCCAAUUUUUAAGAAAGCCAAAGAUAAAAAAUACCUUCAAUCAACUUUAAUUGCUAUUGGUCCUAGUUUAGAAACUAGAGUUCAAAAGGCAUCUAAAAGACAACCAGGCACAUCGGGUAGAUUGCAUAGGACAAUAACUGGAGAGUGGACUUGGUCAUCUGAAGAAGAAUGUGAUGGACAGUCAUCAGAUGAUGAAUGUCAAGAAAAACCAUUAAAUAAAUUAGUUGAGGUCCCUCAAUCAUCUGAUAGUGAACACGAAAGUGGCGACGAACACUUAAAUCUUGUCCUGCGUAUGAGAAACUCUAAUCGUGAACUUAAUGAUAUUCGAUUCGAAUUCUUAUUGGGCAAUGACACCCCUGAUGGUAUUUCUACUGAACUUGUGGGAGCUGGUUUGGUAGAUAGCAGAGAUGCUGAUGUGAUAGCUAUGAAUUUACGUGUGCUAAUAGGUAAUCAAACUCGAGAUAGACCAGUUACCUUUGCCCUAGUAUCUGGCUGCAACAGUGAUGAAACACCGGAUGAAAAAAUGCUAGUUGGUUAUGCCCAGCUGUCUUAUGCAGAUUAAAAGCUUAGUUACUGAAUGACUUUUACAUCUGUUGUGCCACUAAAAAAUUUAACUCUGUAUGUCUUAAAUAAAAUUUUGUAUGCAUAUAUAUAUUUAAAUAAUAUAAUUUAUUUUUGUACAUAGAAUCUUAGUUCAGAUUUUGAAUAAAGAUAUAUAUGCUUUAGCAACAACA